AUGUUCACAUUAACAUUUUCUAUCGCUGAAGCUCUAUCAAACAUAUCUCCAAAUGCCCAAUGGAUACAAAACGGUGUUACCAUCGCAGGAGGUCAGGGAAAAGGCAAUGAAUCUAAUCAAUUCUCGAGUGCUCGAGGUCUCUAUGUAUGUGAUGAUCAAACUAUCUUCAUUGCUGAACAAGAUAAUCACCGCGUUAUGGAAUGGAGGCCUGGUGCAACGACUGGUCAAGUAGUGGCUGGUGGUAAUGAAAACGGAAAUAGAAUUAAUCAGUUGAAUAAACCAACAAAUGUGAUUGUUGACAAAGAAUCAGACAGUCUCAUCAUAUGUGAUCGAGGUAAUAGACGAGUGAUACGGUGGCCUCGUCAAUGCGAUACAACAAGUGGGGAAGUGAUGAUCGAGAAUAUCGAUUGCUUCGCACUGGCAAUGGAUGAUCAGAGAUUUCUGUACAUCUCUGAUGGUGGAAAACAUGAAGUAAGACGAUAUCCAAUUGAAGAGAAAAAUGGAAUAGUAGUGGCAGGUGGUAAUGGGCCAGGUGAUUGUCUCAACCAACUCAACAGCCCUGGUUAUAUCUUUGUAGAUCGUGAUCAUUCUGUCUACGUGUCGGACUGGCUCAAUGAUCGUGUGAUGAAGUGGGUCAAGGGUGCAAAAGCUGGGAUUGUUGUGGCAGGUGCUCAAGGUGCAGGUACUUCUUUGAAACAUGUGUAUGGUCCUCAAGGAGUCUUCGUCGAUUCUUUGGGCACAGUCUAUGUAGGAGACGCAGGAAAUAAUAGAGUGAUGCAGUGGAAGAACGGUUCGGCACAAGGAAAUGUAAUUGUUGGUGGAAAUGGUAGAGGACAACAAGCAAAUCAGUUGAAUUAUCCCGAGGGUUUGUCAUUCGAUCUACAAGGAAAUUUAUACGUCGUCGAUAAUGGGAAUCAUCGAGUUCAACGGUUCGAAAUUGAGGAGAGAUGA